AUGUGGUGCCUUUCAACAUUACUGCUCGUCGUGCACUUUCUAGCUGUGGUUCAUUUGCUCGGAUUUAAGUUUGUCAACCCAUGGCCACUGUGUCCGGCAAAUGAUAAGCGUCUACUCUCCCUGUUCAACCUGCUGUGCAACACAACACAAACGACUACCGUCACGACCCGAGACGCUUGUUACGGUUGUUUUUUCAGAGCGGGAGCUCUUGCGGCGGGAUCAUCGCAACUGGCCGCGAUCAGUCAGUGUGCUUCCCUUUAUCUCAUCAAUACUAGCUAUGCACCUUGUGCGACCAAUCUUGCAGGCAUUGUAACGGGUUCGCGUCCAGUAACCGUUUCGGCAACCAGCACAUCCACAGCAGACUGUUAUUCUGGGCACUGUGAGUUUGUCCAGUGUGUCAGAAGGAUAAAUGGAAACAUGCUUAUCAACCAGUGUAUUCUUCAAACUCUCGUUAAUCGUGAUCUUAACGUGGAAGCGCAACGCAUCGGUUUCUACGUUAACACUACCUCGUGCAUUCUGGCCAGAGCUCGAUGCGAUCCCUACAAUCCAAUCACAGGACAGCUGCAACAGCCACUCAAUAUUCCAUCCGGGACGACCGGAAGAACGGGUUCUAACUCGCUACAAGUAUCGCCGACAGGUGAUAUCCGGGUCGUAUCGUUUCCCAUGAAAGUAGCCGUUGGAGAUGCGUUCUGUUCAUCGAAAACAUUACUGGAUCAAUCAACAUUCGGAAACUCUAUCUGUUAG